ACGAGCAAGCUCAGUUAUCCCGCGUUUAUUCGUACAAACUAGAGCGCCCGCAGCGCGUAGUGAUUUCCGAGCUACCCGGUAGACUAGAGCCGUCUCGGCGAGCGAGGAACGACUCGAGGAUCGCGAUCCAGUAGGAGUCGCGGCCGGGAAGUCCCUCCAGAGCAUCCACGUAAGGUUUAAGGUCAAGGGCCAGCCGAGAUAUGAGCAAAGACUGUGGAAUAUGUGGCAUUUACCCCCGAUGGCUACGGAAUCGGGCUACCCCGAGGAACUUCAUCGCCGUGUACGGUUUAUUGGGCACCGUUCAGGCGAUGGCCUUCAUCUACAUCGUCGUCACCUUGACGACUCUGGAGAAGAGAUUCAAGAUACCCAGUCGCACCACUGGACUGAUCCUCUCCGGCAACGAGAUCUCUCAGAUCUUGUCUUUGAUCUUGACCUACUACGGAGGAUCUAGUCAUCGGCCGAGGUGGAUCGCGGUUGGUGUCGCCUUGAGCGCGUUAUCCUGCCUCGUUUUGGCUCUACCUCACUUCAUAUACGGACCCGGGAAGGAUGCAUUGGCGUUGACGAAAGAAUAUCUGGACCAGACUUUGUUGAAUAUGACGACAGUCCCGAAGGACCUUGCGAUUUGCCCACGCACAGACAUUCCAGAGCAAUGCGAUGCCGAAACCAUGAUAAGCACCAACAUGCUCCCCCGAUUGCUGGUUUUUAUUUCUCAAUUUAUUCUUGGUAUCGGCACCACGCUUUACUACGGUUUGGGACAGACAUAUCUGGACGAUAACACGAAGAAGAAAAACAUACCUAUGCUCUUGGGUUUCACGUACGCUUUACGAACUGUGGGUCCGGCGAUCGGAUUUCUCCUGAGCUAUGCUUGCUUGAGUUUAUACAUAGACCCAAAGCUCCAUCCGGUUAUCACGAAGAAGGACCCGCGAUGGUUAGGCGCAUGGUGGCUCGGUUGGAUCAUUCUCGGCGUCACGAUGGGCAUGUUUGCCGUUCUGAUCGCUAUGUUUCCACGUGAUCUACCCACUUCAAAAAACACUUCCAAGAAGGAUGGUGAGGUGCCUCUGAAGCUAGACGUAGUGCUCCAGCAGAAGUGCGCGAUACAUAUGGAGCCCAGCGAGCCAAUACCUCUGGAAGCGGAGUAUAUACCGACAAUCCGCGAAUUUCCCAAAGCCAUGAAGCGACUGUUAACCAACUGGUUGUUGACCUGCAACAACUUAAGCUCCGUAUUUUAUGUGCUCGGCGGCUCGAUCUAUUUCACGUUUCUGGCGAAGUACCUUGAAGUUCAAUACAGUACGUCCGCGGCUGGCGGUACCGUGAUAGCAGGUCCGAUAUCGUUGAUAGGCAUGGUAUUGGGAUUCUUAUUGUCGGGAUUGGUAAUCAGCAAAUUCAAGCCGAGCUCUAGACCGUUACUCUCGUGGAACGUAAUCGUCGGCAUUUGCUACGUCGCAGGACAAGUUUCUUUCAUAUUUCUCGGAUGCACGAAUACUGGCAUUCGUGGUGUAAACUUAGAAACCAUGCAAAUUAAUCUGACAGCCAAUUGCAACACCGAUUGCAAUUGCGAGGGCGUCAAGUAUUCGCCCGUCUGUCACGAGGCGUCGAGGACGACCUUCUUCUCCGCCUGCCACGCUGGAUGCCGGACGAUCCUAGACGAUAAGCAGUUCGGCAACUGUAGCUGCCUACCGUUAGACGAGCCGGUAAGCCGUGUCCUGGGCCACUUCGAGUACCCCAGCUCUAGCAGGUCGUUCGUUCCCGAACAGCACGUGUACCUGCCGGAUCCGCAGGCACCGACUUACGACAAGGUUCUAGCUGGCCCGUGUCCCAACGAUUGCAACCGGCCAUACCUGUUCUUCACGGUGCUCUCCUGCGUGGUGCACUCGUUAGCCUGUUCCGGAAGAAUCGGUAACGUCCUGGUGAACUAUAGGAGCGUCGACAAGCGGGACAAGAGUUUCGCCCAGGGCGUCACGCUAAUGUUCAUCUCGUUGUUCGGCCUGAUCCCGGGGCCGAUCAUUUACGGGGCUAUCAUCGAUUCGACCUGCAUAAUAUGGGAGGAGUCCUGUGGGACUCGGGGCAACUGCUGGUUCCAUCACCAGGAGAACUUCCGAUACUUCGUGAACAUUUCAGCGGCCGGAUUUACCAUAGUUGGAGUAUUCUUCGACGUAAUGGUUUGGUAUCUGGGCAAAAAUUUGGAUCUGUACGGCGCCGCGGAGAGCGACAAGAGGCGCGAGUUCGUGAAGGAGGACGCGGCGACUGAGUCCACGGACACGAAGAAGGAAGUCAACGGGAAUUUAAAUCAGAGGAUACAGCAUAGUCCUUUAUAACGCAUGCCGCUGCGGCCUAGUAGGGGCUCGCGGGGUUCUCUAGGUACCUGAAAUUUCGCGGCUUCCGCGACUGAUGCUGAAACAUUCCAAUGAUUCGUAGACAAAGCGAUGACUCUAUUAACGACAGAAGCCAGUCGCGUAAAUGACGUCGACAGACACACAAUGCCGCGCUCUAAUUGCCGCAUUUACAUGAUUCUACAUGAAUACUCGGGAUAAUAUUCGGCAGGGCUGCAAUGGGAUUGUCGUUGAUAAAACAGUCUCAUUGUUGAGCCCCUAUUCGAAAAUCUUUGUUGUCCGUGGCUUGUUCCUAUCUCUUUGUAAAUAAAUCACCAACGUUUCUCUUUUUUGUUAACA